AUGGAGUGGCAGAAUUACUUUCAGAACCUCACAGAGAAGCAGUGGACAACAUUGAUCAGUUUUAAGUUUGCAUUUGUCACUGUGACCAGCUUGGCCUGCCUCAUAUUCCUGGUCAUAAAUGUCAUCAUCAUCCACACCCUGUGCAGUCGGCCUGUGUUCAGGGAGACGUCGCGGUACAUGCUCCUGCUGAACCUGGUGGUAGCGGACUCCUUCAUGCUUUUCAUGGGGCAGUUGAUGUAUUUAAAGAAUGCUUUCUACAUGUUCGUGUCCUACCCUGUGUGUGGAUUCUACAUCAUGAUCUCUUACCUGAGCGCGCAGAUCGCUCCUCUCACACUGUCCGUCAUGUCCAUCGAACGUUACAUCGCUGUUUGUUUCCCGUUUCAUUACCCCACCAUAGUCACCAUGAGGAACACGGCCUUUGCCAUCCUCAGUGUGUGGGGGCUGGGCUGUGUGGACAUUUUCAUUCGUGCCCUGCUUGUUCUUGAAAUCCACCUGCUCCCCAACCUUCAGAUGAACAUCUUCUGUAGCUCCAGUACUUUGUUGCGUGGACCAGGAUCCAAGGUUUACGAGAUGGCGUCCACCAUGGCACUCUUCCUCUUGUCUGCAUUGGUCAUUGCAUCGUCCUUCAUCAGUGUGAUGGUGGUGGCACUUUCCGCCUCCACAGAUAAGGUGUCUGCAGACAAAUCUCGUAACAUGCUCCUCUUGCACAUGUUUCAGUUGAGUUUGAACCUGAUGUCUACUAUGGGACAGUCCAUCUUCAGCAGUGUGAGUACUUUGGUGGAACCGCUUUUGGCCAGGAAGGUUUUUGUAUUAUUUUAUGUGUUUUUGGUGAUGAUGCCACGCUGUCUGACCGCUCUGAUCUACGGACUCAAGGACCCAAGUCUCAGACUGAUCCUGGUGUCUCGCCUCUGCUGCCACCUGCAGGCCUCUCCAAACACUGUCACUGCUCACACACAUGAACGGGGGAAAGAGACGAGGCCUCCUCCGGCUCCUGGUCAUACCCACACUCUGUGUCCAUGA